UACGACCUUUAAGGAUUGAUCUUUUUUUUCCAAUCAUCAACGUCAUUCAGGUCAUCAUCCACUCGCCCCUAUUAACCAGGCACUAGUCACCCCUUUUUAUGUUUUCAUGUUGGGAUGAACAAUGCAAGCCCUGUUGUCCCUGGAAAGCUCACUUCCAUGUACAAGGCUGUUCGUGGCUCUAUUGGCGCAAGCUCGUGAGCUUGCCGGCGCCUGCGUCACGAUGCCUACGUCGUAGUCCUGAAAUUAUUGGAGUCGCAAGUGGAGGCUCUGUUGAUUGUGAAGUGCACUGCCUGAUGGGCACCCCUUUGGAAGCUCGCUUAUACGAUAUCCAUCCAUUCAUAGAUUGGGCUGUUCAUAGAUAAGCUCCUGGUGAGCUUGCAAGCAUUCAUGCAAGCUGGGAGAGUUCUUUGUUUCGUUAAGGGUAUUGGCAAAGACGAAUGAUAAAAGAGCUUGGGGGAUAUAUUCACAUUCGUGUUCUGUGUCGGGGAGCUUUUUGGUAUCGAGGGCUUCGUAGAAGGAGUGUGUCGUGUUUGAGUGAUUCCGAAGUGUUGUAAUAUUGGAAAUUUGUUAUCAUUGUAUUUUCACGAGGCUGAAAACGUCUUUUGACAGGAUUGAUUUUUGAAAAAGUCUCAGGCUAUUUGUACUUUUUCGGUCUUCCUUUGCGACUGAACGAAACUCACGUAAUUUAUUUUCAACGCAAAGAUUCGUAGUGACCUGAUUCAUUAAUUUGUAGAUUUAAUUUUUGCUAUAUAUAUUGUUUUUUUUAAAUUGUUUUUUUCAUUGUUACAAAAAGUUGGCUGAUGCUUCGAGAAGAGUAAUUUUUUGUUUAACGCUCUUUGAGCUUUGGCCGGCUACGGUAUUAUGUAUAAUACUAGAAUAACGGAAGUGAGGUAAAAGUGUUUUUUCGGGGCAGAAAUAGCCCGUCGGGCGACAAGGCUCCGGGAACAGAGCAACAGGCAACAUGCAAUACUACGUUCAUCAAGAGAUCGUAGUAAAUAUUCCCUGAAAGUAGGCAACCCGAUAUGCUCGUGUGAAAAUUAAAAACUGAAAAUAUUCACAUUUUCGAAUAAAAAUGAUUUAAAAAAUGUACUUCUUGCGUAAACCCCGUUAUUAUUUCUUAAUUUUUGUUUGAUUUCAAAUAAAAAAUCCAAUAUUCCUAAUUCACAUAAAUCAUCUUCAAUAAGUGAUUAAAUGAAAGACAAAAAAUGUUAGCCCCAAUAAAGGCCCAACGCAAGCAGAUUAAUAGUCGUCGAUGAAUAAAAUCUGAAUCAUGGGUAAUUAUGACUCAUUCCCUCAGAUUUACUAUCCAUUUAAUAGAUACUAGAGGAAUAAAGAAUGGCCAAUAUUCCAGUCAUGAAAAAAAUAAUUCUUAUGUAAUAUCUCCCAUAAAAAUACCUCAUGAAACAUAAUACACUGAGAUAUCUACUACUGAAAUCAGUGACUAGGCUAUUCGGAUCGACCAGCAAGUCACAACCCUGACAGGACUGUUAAUUUCAAGAGUUAAAAAUGCUGGAUAAUUCUAGAACCUACGCAAAUAGAUUUCUUGAUUAAAAGCCUGUUCGUCUACCUGCAUUUUCAUUCAGAUCGUCUGGUACAAUUUACCACUUGGACACCACGGUGCAUCAGUCAACCAUAGAUUUUUAUUAAUCUUCAUCAGGAAAGUACGAGCUCAAUGCCGGAAGCUUCGGGUUCAGGAGUCGGUCUAGGUCUUGGAAUGAUGGGUGCAGCCGACGCCCUCUCCGAGGAACCAGAUUAUUCGACGUUCGAGAACAAAACUGGCCUGGCCGAGGACAUGAAGUUCUUAGCGAGUAUGCCGGAGCUCUGUGACGUCACUUUCCUCGUAGGAGAUACCCGCGAGCCCGUCUGCGCCGUCAAGGCCGUCCUGGCCGCAAGGAGCAGGGUGUUUCAUAAGAUGCUGUAUCAAGCACCGAGUCCGCAACGUAAAAAAGAGCCGCCGCCGCGCGAAAACAAAUUGCGACUCUUCUUGAAGAGAAGCUCCGAGCCACUUCUGAAUCUUCAGAACGCGGCGCAACAGCGGUCAGGGUUCACGCAGCAGCUGGCUCCCAUACAAGAGCCACAGUCCAAUCAGCAUCAUACAUUGAUCAUCGAGGAAUUCGAGCCCGAUGUAUUUCGUCAGCUGAUCGAAUAUAUUCAUACAGGAUGCGUUACGUUGCAGCCCAGAACAUUGUUGGGAGUCAUGAACGCUGCUGAUUAUUAUGGAUUGGACGAAUUGAGACGAGCCUGUGCUGGCUUCGUGCAAUGCUGCAUAACCGUGGAUACUGUCUGUGCAUUGUUAGCAUCAGCCGAACGAUACAUUCAGUACAAAUGCACAAAAUCUUUGGUGCAAAAGGUACUGGAAUUCGUGGACGAGCACGGUAACGAGGUACUAAAUUUGGGCUCGUUUACAUUGCUACCGCAACACGUGGUAAGAUUGAUCCUUGCCCGAGAGGAAUUGAGAGCGGAUGAAUUUACAAAAUUUCAGGCUGCCCUAAUGUGGAGCAAGAAAUAUUGCGACAGCAACCAAAAUACUCCACUGAAGGAUGUGAUCGGAAACUUUUUGGAAUAUAUACAAUUCCAUAAAAUUCCGGCAAACGUACUGAUGCGCGAAGUCUAUCCUCUGGCGCUGGUACCGAACAACAUGAUAAUGAACGCUUUGGCCUAUCAGGCAGACCCUUCCAGUGUUGACCCCGGGAAGCUCUCCCCCCACCGAGUGAGACGCCAGGGGCGUAGUAUGUCUGUGCAAUCGUCCUUGGAUCCAUAUGGUAGUAAUACGACCUUAAGCUCAAGCGGAAGUGACGCCGGUUCCGAUCAGAAACAGCACUCAGGUAGCAACUAACCUCCAGCCUCGGCCGCCACCAUUGCGGCCGUUCCGGAUGAACCUGCCAAGUGCGAGGAAGAGAUCGUCCCAGCCUCCGUGGACCCACCGCAGCUUCUUAACCGAGACGAGGAACCGGAAGCGGUAGAAGAACUCGGCGGUCUCUACAUUAGACUCGUACUAAGGCAGGAAGGUCGUGCCGACUUAGUUUGGUUAUACAAGACGCACAAAUUUUAACAACUUUUUUUUUGGGUCCCUUUUGAUUUUUCGUUUGGGCCGCAUAUGGAGAUUUUUCGAAUAAUACAGAAAAGCGCGCUAUCGGGAGAUUCGAAAAAUCAUCGAAUAUUAAUUUACAGCGAAAAAGCAAAAAUGCCUGAUAUUUUUUUUUCAUUCGAAAAUCAUUAUUGUAUUUUCAUGAAAAUGGAUUUUUGUCAGAACUAUACGUCAAGUGUACCGGACAGUUUACUUGUCCUGCGAUUGAAUUUGAGGGGAGAUAGUUAAAAAAAAAUGUUACCAACUAAAGCCAAUUUCUAUGUGACUUUAUAAUCAAUUAUCAGAUGUCGUUUGAUGUGAUUUUAAUUGAUCUAUGUUCGUGGGAGGGCAAAUCACUGCACUUCUCUGAUGGUGGCGACUUAAAGGCAAUCUCUAUGAAAACUAACGAUCGAUCAGCUCGAUCGAUUAUCUAUCGAUCGUAGUCGUUGCAAUAUGCUUGAAUUAAAUCCUAUCGUGAAAGAUAGUUUAUUGUUACGACAUAUCUAUCGAUAUAACGUUAUCCGAUUCAUAGAUACAGAUUCGAAGUAUAUAUUUGAUACUACACUAGAGAAUUUUUUCAUUCCCUAUAUCGAUAAAUCUUCGUGUUCAAUGUAAACAAAAAAAAAUCGUUGGAACUUCAUCCUGAUAAACCCAUCGCAAUAUCUUCAUGUGUCCGAUCGCGCGCCGAUCGCGACGUGUCGCUGGAUUGUAAACACGCGUCGAUCGGUCCGAUUUUUUAUUAGUACAAAAAAUAAUAAUGAAGAUGCACCCUGUUCGUUAAUCGUAGUCUUCGUGACAUUUUUCCAAGAAAGAAUUUCGAAAUUGCCAAUUUUUAUCGGACGCGUAACAAUUAAUUAGCAAAUUAGUAUCGUCGUAUAUAUAGUUAAAUGUGAGCGACUGUGGCUUUUGUACGCGCACAUAAUAACGAAUCGAAAACGCUUUGAGAUUUCGCAAGAGUUAUAUAUACGCUACGAAGCCAAGAAAAAUGAUUGCAAAAAAUUUUGCAAAAUCACCGACGAAAAUCCGAUUUCGAAAUUCUCCAUGGAGUUAGUUGCUACCGAGUUCCGCGGGAGUUUGUGCGAAUUCGACUAUAAGAUGUAAACACUGAAUAUGAUUGUUACGUGAAGCAAACGAUAGAAAGUAUAUACAUAUAUAGUUUAUAUUUGGGCGAUUUCUGCAAAUUGCAAAUCGAUACCUUGACACGUUUACCGAUCGUAAGAGUUUACCGAUCAUAUUGCUAUAAGACAUGGCGUUACACCGUAUUGGCACUUUUGUGAUUGAUUUCGUUACAUAAUGAGUAUACGUAUAUAUACAUAUAUAUAUUUAUGUAUUUAUGAAAAAAUCACUAAAUGACGUUACCUCUUCAAACGUCAAAAUUGUGAUUGCUAAUGUUUCUAAAGACUUGAAGAAAAGAGAAAAAGAUGAAAUAUUUUCCACUGGAAUCCAAAAUUAAUUUGUUCCCCAUGACGAUACUUGUUGUACAAAAUUUAAAUCAGAUCGACCAAUCGCGUUUGAUCUAUAUCCCAUAAGUGGGCAUGCGAUUGGCUAAUUCCACCUCAGUCUCCCCAAAACGAAAACAGCCAAUAGCAUCCGCCUUGGAGAAGCGGUUUAAUAAUAAUAAUAGGUCGUAAGCAAUUUUACAAUAAUAAUGAUCAAAUUAAUUUGGAUUCCCAGUCUCGUGCUACACGAUAUAUCAGGAAAUACAAGGAUUGUCGUCAAGAUUUACGUUGCGCGUAACCAUAAAAAAAUUGCUAUGGAUCUUGAUGAAAAAAAAAAUAUCGAUCAUUGACAUAUGAGAAUAAAGUAAAAAACGAUCGCUCCAUCGUCGCUGAACGAAGCUCCAGUUCCUGAUGACGAAUCCCCAAUAGAAUUUGCUAUGACGAUAAACAGAGAUUUUAUAUGGUCGUGUUAUAUGCGGCAGGUUGCGGCAUAAGUGUCAAGGUUAUGUUAUUACUUGUAAAUUAAUGUAAUUAAACAAAGAAGAAAAAAACAAUGAAAUCACGUACAGUCCGUUUCAACGAUUACCUGGACUGCAGAUCCUGACCGGAUCUUUGCUUGAUGAUAGACCCUAGUCCAGGGCACCGUUGAUGCUCAAUCUACAUGGUUAACAGACGUAGGUCAUAUGCACAGGCAUUUGAAAAAAAUAUACAAGAGCAAAAAUAGCGACGCGUAAUACAUUCGUACGUACGUAUACAUGCGUAUAAUAUAUAUAUAUAUAUAUUUAUUUAUACAUAUGGUCUAUGUAUCAUCGUUCUUAUCUGUGCGCGUCGAAAUUUCUAUAUCGUUUUUUACAUAUAACUUCGUUGGUCAGCCUGGCUAUUCCUCAUUCGCGUGAAAAAGAGCGACUCUUACUAGGGAUGAAAAAAGUAAAAAAAUAAUAAUAAUUCUAACGUAAUAAUAAUUAUCAUAAUGAACCGAGUCGAUCGGAACAUAUCUCGCUUAUCGACUCUUUGAUGUCGUACUUCAUUUACACGCGCCUUUUCUGAUUGGCCGAUGACUUUUGCUGCUCGCGACACUUAUCGUGGAUCACAUGGCGAUUAGAUUACGUAAUAUUUUCGCGGGUUGUUUAUGAAGGAGCGUAAUGGCUUUUUCUCGCAGAUUUCGCAAAAAAUUUUUAUUAUCGUAUGCGAUUUUAAAUUACGAAAUGGUUAUUUUGAAAAAAUGUUGACUCAAAUUUCCCAAAAAAAUUUUAACUGCGAUGCAAAUUUUUUUUGAAAUUAGAUUAUGAGUCAGAUCGUUAUAUAUAGAAUUAAAAUUUUUUUUCGUUUAUCGGACACAUGUUUAUGUCAUUGCGAAUAUCUGGCACGUUCCGAUCAGCUCGAGUUUGCCAAACGGAAUGAAUUCUACCUAAAGUUCGAUCUCUAUAAUGUUGUGAUAUACUGUAGCCAAAAAAAAAAGAUAAAAAAAAUUAUUCGCAAAAUAAAGCAAAACACAAAUGUAAGGCGUAUUUUU